AUGUCGGCCCCGAUUUUUGCGCAGGAGGCGACGCAAGAGCGCGCUGAGAAUGCGCGUCUGUCCUCGUUUGUGGGUGCCCUCGCUCUGGGUGACCUGGUGAAGAGCACCCUAGGCCCGAAGGGUAUGAACAAGAUCCUUCAGUCUGUGGGUUCUAGUGAUAUUGUUGUGACGAACGACGGUGCGACGAUUCUCAAGUCUAUUUAUCUCGAUAACCCAGCUGCCAAGAUCCUUGUGAAUAUCUCAAAGGUGCAGGACGAUGAAGUGGGUGAUGGCACCACCUCCGUUUGUGUUCUGGCCUCGGAGCUGCUGCGUGAGGCGGAGCGCCUUGUGCAGGGCCACAUGCAUCCGCAGGUGAUCGUGGAUGGUUUCCGCAUUGCUAGCCAAGCUGCGCUACGUGCUCUUACUGCUUCGGCCAAGGACCAUGCGUCGGAUCAAGCUGCUUUCCGCAACGAUCUACUGAACAUUGCGCGUACGACGCUGUCGUCUAAGGUCUUGUCGCAGGACAAGGACUACUUUGCGAAGUUGGCCGUGGACGCUGUCCUGCGUCUGAAGGGAUCGACGAACCUUGAAAACAUUCAGAUUAUCAAAAAGCUAGGUGGCAAGUUGACUGACAGCUACCUGGACGAAGGGUUCAUCCUCGACAAGAAGCUAGCGCCGAACUCGAUCAAGCGCCUGGAAAACGCCAAAAUCAUGAUUGCCAACACAUCCAUGGAUACCGAUAAAAUUAAGGUGUUUGGUGCGCGUGUCCGUGUCGAAGGCACGAGUAAGCUGGCUGAGAUUGAGCGCGCAGAGCGCGAGAAGAUGAAGGCCAAAGUGGAGCGCAUCAAGGCCCAUGGGAUUACGUGCUUUGUGAACCGCCAGCUGAUUUACAACUACCCUGAGAGCCUAUUGACGGAUGCAGGCAUUAUGUGCAUUGAGCAUGCCGACUUUGAGGGCGUUGAGCGUCUUGCGUUGGUCACUGGCGGCGAGAUCGCCAGCACGUUUGAUCGCCCUGACUUGGUCCGUCUCGGUGAGUGUGGGCUUAUUGAGGAGGUGAUGAUUGGCGAGGACAAGCUGAUCAAGUUCUCUGGCGUCAAGGCUGGUGAGGCAUGCACAGUGGUGCUGCGUGGUGCCACCUCGCAAAUGAUCGACGAGGCGGAGCGCUCGUUGCAUGACGCGUUGAGUGUGCUCAGUCAGACAGUCAAAGAGACGCGCGUGACGUAUGGCGGUGGCUGUGCCGAGAUGGUCAUGAGCAAUGCCGUGGAUGAGGAGGCGCGGCGGACACCUGGCAAGAAGGCACUGGCCGUCGAAGCGUUUGCGCAUGCGCUGCGUCAGCUGCCCACCAUCCUUGCCGACAAUGCCGGCUUGGACUCGAGUGACCUGGUAGCGAAGUUGCGUGCUGCGCAUAUCGAGGGCCAAAACGAUAUGGGUCUGGACCUUGACGCUGGUACGCUCGUGUCUAUGGCAGAGCGUGGUGUCACGGAGAGCUACAAGCUGAAGCGCCAAGUCGUGAUCUCAGCCAGUGAGGCGGCGGAAAUGAUUUUGCGCGUCGACGAUAUUCUGAAAGCGACGCCACGCCGGCGCGACGCGCACUAA